CAACCACGCGGCAUGGCCGACCCAAUGGGCUACGUCGUGACGGCGGUCACGAGCCAGUCGAUCACAUACCUCUUUGCCCACACGGACCUUCUCGAAGAGUUUCGCAUGGCGCUCGUGCCCGGCGCGCUCUCCGACACGUCUGCGGCCACGCUCCGGGCCUUCUUUGCACGCGACGCGUCGGUGGCGGAGCUCAUCACGCUUCUCUUUCUCGAGCCGCCACUCCCGUCCCAUCGCAGUGGCACGCCCAGCUACGUCGAAUGCGCAAACUUGUACUACGUCCAGUACCUCAUGACGACGCCGCCGUUUUCACCGGGCAUCGUCGAGAGCUUCUUGGCGCCAGACGAGCACCGCGUCGGGCGCGCUACGCUACUGCGUCACCUGUUAGCGUACACGCCCAUGAGCGCAAUGAACGCAGAAGCACUGAGCCGCGUGCUCACGGCGCUCUUUGCGAAAGCCACGAUUCCAACGUUCUUUGCCCUCUACGGCACGGACGCGCCGGCCUUGUUUGAAGGGCUGCUCUUCCAGGCCGGGCGCGAGUGCAUCAAGGAGCUCGUGCUGCGCAUUUGCGACGAGCUGCAGCCGACGCCGUUGAUUGCGUGGGCGCCGACGCCGUACCGGCUCCUGCACCAAAUUUUUCCAUUUUCAACGACGCUGCCGAAACGUGGGCAGCUCCCAAUGCACGUUAGCACCGACGCCGACUAUCGGUUUCCGCUCAUGCUGUACACGUGUGAUUUCAUCACGGACCUCAUCCAGGAGCAGCGACCACACUCGGUUGGGCUCUUGAUCAUUGAGACCUUUAUGACCGAAAGCGACUGCGCGAUGGCGCUUGUGGAUGGCGUCCUUGACGACUUGCGCACGCUCCCGACGCGCCUGGCGUGCGAGUCGUACGGCAUGAAGAUACUCAACUCGCUCCUGCAGGCGCACCACUGCGGCUGCAUCGCCCAGCACCAGAGCUUUGACGGCGACCGCUACGAGACGUGCCAAGGCUCGUUGAAUGCGAUUUGGGACGUGGUCGCAGCGCGCCUUCCCGAGAUCUUGGCCUAUUUGCGCCUGCCGGCGCCGCGCACGUUUACGCUCAAGCACGUGCAGAUUUUGUAUUUGCUGUACCCCAUCAUUCGCGUCGGGUGCAUCCAGCUCGACGUCGCCCUCAUGGCCUUUGACGUUGUCAAUGUGCUCUUGGAUCUGAUCGCGCGCUUUCCGCGGGCCAACAUUCUACACAGCGCGAUCUGCCGGCUCUUUAUCACGUGCCUCGAAGACGCGCCGAUCCUGUUUGGCGAAGAGCUCCAGUCGCCGCGCACAGCGUCCGACCCGCUGCGGCUCUCGGCGCUGCUCGCGACCGACCGCGUCAUUGCCGGGUGUGACGACAAGUGGGUGACAUGCUACAAGGACAUUGCCAUGUCCUACGAUGAGUUUUUCGCGCAAAAACCGGUCGUUUCCGACGAAAUUGCGUCGCACUGGGCGGCCUUUGCGAGUACGCACCUCGAGGCCAUUCGGCAGCGCUGGUCCAAUGCGCCUCUCGAAGUCUCGGCGGUCCGAAAACACAAGGCGAGCAAACUCAUCGAACACGGCGACGUCGAUGCGCUCUUGACACUGACGCAAAAAGCUCCGACAUUUUCUGACAUUGGAGCUCCGGCACAGGCGGCGGAGCACGCAACCAGUGCGUCAUCGUCAUUUUCGCCCAUGAACACAGAGGCCGCCUUGCGCCUUGCACUGGCAGGCGCGUCCGAGAAGGUGAGUCCGCGCGUGGCGCCGCUGCCGUCCUUGCAUCUCGCGCUCUCGGAGCUGCACGCGACUGCCAGCGAGCACGGUCGGCACCGCGAGCUCAUCGACCACGCGAGUCCGUCGUGCAAGCACCACAACAGUCUCUCCGAGACACCGCCAUCGUCCCCCACAAAGGACACGCCACUGCAUGCCCUCUACAACCCUGAAGAGCAUGCGAUCAUCCAAGGGUUAGGGUAAUCUCGGAAUCGUUGGACUAGAAAGUUAGGCACUGGUCUUGGUCUCUUCCUCGAGUUCGUUUUCGUCGUCGGCCGGUGCAUCCUGCUCGAGCACUUGGAUCAAGAACGACACGAGCGCGUGGAGCCGGUCUUGCUGCGCCGCGUG